UCAAGUGUCGUUUUCUUAUAUAUACUCUCGAGGUCUAGUAAGGAAAAGCAGACGAGACGACCCCAAAAUCUAUCUCCUUCUCUUCCCUUCCCAAUCCUUGUUGAUUUCCCAUUCUUCUUGCACCACCACACAUCUCUCUCUCUCUCUCUCUCUCUCUCUCUCUCCUUCUCUUUCUGUAUACCUUUUUCUUUUUCUUGAUGUGGUGAAAACUGAAAAAUCCUUUCCUUACUUCCUUUUUUUGUGGUUUUCUUUCCAAAAUUAUCUGUACUUCAAGAAAAAAUUGGUUGUGGAUUCUUCUAUAUUGAAAAAAUCGAUUGCAGCUGCUUCAACCCAUUUCUUGGGAAUAAAAAUGUCCCAUAAAGGAGGAAUUUUUGAUAACCAAUCUUUGAAUCAGAUUCCAGACCUCUCACUUCACAUAAGCCUUCCAAAUAGUGCUCCGUCCUCUAUAUGCACUGGCACAAAUGAUGCUGAUGAUUCAACUUUUGAUGUUUGGUACAGAGAUGAUGCCCUGAAAUCACACAGCGACAGUUCAAUAAAAGUUGGGCCUGAACCAGAUGACACCAUCGAGCUUUCUCUGGCGGCAAAUCCAGCAGCCUCUAUGGCUUUAGAAGUAGAAAGCCCUUGGAGAAGAAUAAGCUACGCUGGAGGUGGCGGCGGUGAUGUUGGCUGCAGAGAAGCCGAUCAAGCAAGGCAAAGAAAUAUUCUUCUUCAACGUGCUAAGAGUGGCUCUGUGAGUCAUAUAAAUCAUGGGAUCUCAGGCUUCAAACCCAUAAAGGGGAUUCCAGUUUACAGCAGCUGGAACAUCAAUUCUGGGGAAAUGGAUCCCAGAUUUUGCUUUAACCAAAUACCAUAUUCAUCAUCCUGCACUCCUUAUCCAUGUUCUUCUCCAGGUGAUCCCUGCAGUUCUUUUCCUGUUCAUAGAAUGGGGACAUCAUCAGUUCCACCACAGUAUCAGUACCAUCAGUAUGAGGGUGGAGUGGUAGGAGGUGCACAGGUUUAUGGAGGUGAGAUGAUUAGAUCAAGAUUUAUACCAAAGCUACAUAGCAAGAGGAACAUGAGAGCACCAAGAAUGCGUUGGACAAGCUCUCUACAUGCCCGUUUUGUUCACGCUGUGGAGCUUCUUGGUGGCCAUGAAAGAGCCACACCGAAGUCAGUUUUAGAGCUGAUGGAUGUCAAAGAUCUAACACUUGCGCAUGUCAAAAGCCAUUUACAGAUGUAUAGAACUGUUAAGAGCACUGACAAACCUGCAGCUUCCUCAGAUGGAUCCGCUGAUGAAGAUUUCUUGCCUAUAACAAUUCCCAUUAAUCAAAAUGCUACGCAUAGAGCAGCUUCAAGUGUGUCUCUUGAACAUGAUAAUGGUUAUACUACUUCCUCAACUCCAUGGAGUAACUCUUCCAGAGAAAGAUGGCUGCAUUGCAGUUCAAGGGAUCUAGAAGAGCUUAGACGACCAGAAAACCUAUCAUCUCAACAAGCAUCUGAAACCCAAUUAGAAGAAAGUAGUGAUUUAGCUGAAUCAAGAUGCUUUAAAUCAGUCUGUAACCAAUUACUUGAGACUGACCCAAGUUUGGAAUUCUCUUUAGGAAGACCCGAUUGGCGAAGAAAACAACAUGAUUAAAUUUAUCAGCAAAGCUGUCGGCUGUUGCCCUUAUCAAUAUGCAUGCGACUAGCUUAAUUUACUUCAAUUUGUUUCCUUUGUUUAGUAAGAAAUGAAAAUAUAGAUGAAAUGAAGAUAUAAAGAAAGGUGAUGAUGUUGUAGCAGUUCCAUCUGCCAAUGAAAGAAAGAAGGGUUGUAGUGUUCUAUCACUUUCAAUGACUGUAUAUAUAAUUUUUGUAGGAGUGAUGUGGGUGAUGAGUGAUGUUUGUCAUUUACAUAAUGUAAUGAUGAAGCAAAAAGUAGAAUAAAAGAAGGAAUCACACUUUUAAUAA